CUUAUUAUUUUAUAUGAGCAACUACAUAAUGCCUAAUUAUUAUCUGAAACUCUUUUAUGUACUUAUGCUGCUCUUGUUACCUGCUGCAGGAUCCAUUCUCGGAUUCAACACUACUGCACAAAUAAAGUGCAUUGACAGGGAGAGACAAGCACUCCUUAACUUCAAACAUGGCCUGAUCGAUUUCUUUGACAUGCUGUCAACAUGGAGAGACGACGACAACAGUCGAGAUUGUUGCAAAUGGAAAGGCAUUCAAUGUGACCAUCAAACAGGUCAUGUAACCAUCCUUCGUCUCCGUGGUUCGGAUACACAAUAUUUGAGAGGUGCACUCAAUAUCACUUCACUGUUUCCCUUGCAAAGUAUUCAACAUUUGGAUCUCAGCUACAAUGAAUUUAUAGAGAGUCCCAUCCCACAACUCAUGGGCUCACUUACCAACUUAAGAUAUCUCAAUCUCUCCUAUUCUUCUUUUGGUGGUAAUAUUCCUACCCAACUUGGAAGCCUUUCACAUUUAUUAUCUCUGGAUUUAAGUAACAAUUGUUUUCUCCGUGGAGAUAUCCCUUAUCAACUUGUAAGCCUUACAAAUUUAAGGUAUCUUGAUCUCAGUUAUAAUAAUCUUGAUGGGAAAAUCCCUUGUCAACUUGGAAAUAUGUCACAGUUGAGAUACCUUGGUCUCAGUGCUAAUUCAUUUUCUGGAGCACUCCCUUUCCAGGUUGGGAAUCUUCCUUACUUGAAAACUCUUAGACUUGGUGGUGAUUUUGAUGUCAAACCUAAGGAUGCAGACUGGCUGUCUAGUCUCUCUUCCCUAACACAUCUUGCCAUAGAUGGUUUACACAACCCUGACUGGUUGCAUAUGAUUCAUUAUCCAAAGCUAGGAGAGUUGAGACUAGUUCAUUGUUCUCUUUCAGAUACUCAUAUUCAUUCUCUAUUUUAUUCACCUUCCAACUUUUCCAAUUCUCUUACCAUCCUUGACCUUUCUUCUAAUAUGCUCACAUCCUCAACAUUUCAAUUAUUGUCUAACUUUAGCCUUAAUCUUCAAGAGCUUUAUCUUUCUCAUAAUAACAUUGUUUUGUCAUCUCCAGUCCACUCAACCUUUCCUUCUCUUGUGAUCCUUGACCUUUCCUAUAAUAAGAUGUCAUCAUCGGUCUUUCAAUGUAUCUUCAACUUCAGUUCAAAACUUCAAAAUCUUUAUUUGCAAAAUUGUAGUCUUGGGGAUGAUAGUUUUCUCAUGUCAGCUAUUUCAAUUACGAAUUCUUCGUCUUCUCUUGUCUCGCUUGAUCUCUCCUUUAAUCUAUUGAAAUCAUCAUCCAUAUUUUACUGGCUCUUCAACUCCACUACCAAUCUUCGUACACUUAAACUUAAUGACAACAUGUUGGAAGGUCCCAUUCCAGAUGGAUUUGGGAAAGAAAUGAACUCUCUUGAAGUUCUUAGCCUCUUUCGGAACAAACUGCAAGGCGAGAUUCCAUCUUUCUUUGGGAACAUGUGCACAUUGCAGAGUUUAGACCUCUCAAACAACAAGUUGAGUGGGCAAAUUUCUAGCUUCUUUCUAAAUUCUUCAUGGUGCAACAGACACGUGUUUCAGAGACUAAGUUUAUCUGGUAACAACAGGAAGGUUACCUAAAAGCAUUGGAUUGUUAUCUGAGUUGAUUGAACUUAUGUUGGCGGUAAAUUACUUAGAGGGUGAUGUUACUGAGUCGAAUCUUUCCAAUUUUUCCAAAUUAGCAUUCUUACAAUUAUCAGAUAACUCAUUGUCACUAAAAAUUGGUCCUACUUGGUUUCCUCCUUUCCAAUUAUUGUUCUUGGGAUUAAGAUCUUGUAAUCUGGGCCCAACAUUUCCUAAUUGGCUUCAGACUCAAACUUCCAUAAUAUUUCUAGAUAUUUCUAAUAGCAACCUUAAUGAUUCCGUUCCAGACUGGUUUUGGAACAACUUGCAAAAUAUGGGAAAGUUAAAUAUGUCUUACAAUAAUCUCAUUGGUACAAUUCCCAACAUAUCAUUGAAGCUUCUUUAUAGACCGUUCAUAUUUCUGCAUUCAAAUCAAUUUGAAGGCAAAAUUCCACCCUUUUUACUGCAAGCUUCAAAGCUCAAGCUCUCCAAAAAUAAAUUUUCAAAUUUGUUUUCAUUCUUAUGUGAUCAAAGCAUAUCUGCAAAUUUGUUAUCUUUAGAUUUAUCAAACAAUCAAAUGAAGGGACAACUGCCAAACUGUUGGAAAUAUGUUGAUAGGUUAUUGUUUCUUGAUUUAAGCAACAAUAAAUUGUCAGGGAAGAUUCAUGUCUCCAUGGGCAGCCUUGUUAACUUGGAAGUCUUGGUUUUACGAAACAAUAACCUAAUGGGUGAAUUACCUUCCACUUUGAAGAACUGCAGCAAUUUAAUUAUGGUGGAUGUGAGUGAAAAUAUAUUGUCUGGUCCAAUACCAUCAUGGAUUGGAGAAAGUAUGCAACAAUUGAUAAUCUUGAACAUGCGAGGGAAUCACUUCAGUGGACAUCUUCCAGUUAAUCUUUGUUAUUUGAAGCGUAUUCAAUCAUUGGAUCUUUCAAGGAAUAACUUAUCGAGAGGUAUUCCAACAUGCUUAAAGAAUUUGACUGUAAUGUCUGAAAAGAUCAUCAACAGAGGUGCAACUCUAAAUCAGAUAUAUUGGUCUGUCAAUCUUACUUACCAUGAACCUUAUGCUCCUUUUUUAUCCAGUUCUGAUAAUUAUACACUUAACAUAACAUGGAUUUGGAAAGGUAUGGAACUGUGGUUUUCGAAUCCAGAGUUACAACUUAAGAGCAUUGAUCUUUCAAGUAAUAAUUUAACAGGAGAAAUACCAAAAGAGAUUGGAUUAGUUUCUCUGAAUUUAUCCAGAAAUCAUCUGAGCGGAGAAAUUCCUUCAGAGAUAGGAAAUUUAAGUUCACUAGAGUCCCUUGACUUAUCAAGAAAUCAUAUCAGUGGGGCAAUUCCUUUUUCUCUUUCUCAAAUUGAUAAUCUAGGCAAAUUGGACUUAUCACACAACUCUCUUUCAGGAAAGAUCCCACGAGGAAGACAUUUUGGAACCUUUGAAGGCUCUAGUUCUGAAGGAAACGUAGAUCUUUGUGGUGAACAACUCAACAAAAGUUGUCCUAGAGAUGGAGAUCAAACGACAGUAAAGUUCCCAGAAGUUGAAGCAAUCAAUGGCGAUGAAGACAGUGUUUUUUACGAAGCAUUAUACAUGAGCAUGGGGAUAGGAUUCUUUACUGGAUUUUGGGGCUUAUUAGGGCCAAUACUACUUUGGCAUCCUUGGAGAAAUAACUACAUAAGAUUUAUGAACAGACUGAUAAAUUAUAUAUAUGAACGGUUAUAGGUAAUGGAACAAAGUAGUCCUCGUAGCUCAAAGACAAGAAGGUAUGUUGUAGCUUUCUUAUGAUAUCCUUAUUUUAAUUAUUAAUUACUGAAUUAAAUUCUUGAAAAAAAAAAUUCUCUUAGAAUUGGUAAAGCGAGAUAUAAUUCUCAAAUCACAAUACUUCUUUUCCUUACACUUAUUUUUUAUGUACCCAUAUGAGCGGUCUUUUUCAGUUCAUAUGUUCGUUUCUGGAUCUCUCAGAACCUUUUUCUAUGGUCCACACUUCUCUUACACCGCAGUUACUAAGUUUUACUCAAAUGCAAAGCAUUACUAUAACUUUUCUAAACAAUUUUCGGUUCUCUCUUGAAUUCAGAAAAAUUUGAGAAAUUUGAUUAAUACCAUUAGAAAAUAUGGUUAACGGGUAACCUUAGUCUUUAAGCAUACAAUCAGAUAACGCAAUUAAUCGUAAAGUAUGAAAGAGUUAGAUACUAAAUACGUAGAGGAAUUAGUCCUUAAUUUCUUGUUAAAGGAUUUUUGAGUAACAAAAACGAAAGUGUUAAUGUUAUUCCUAGAGCUGAGAUGGUGACUCCAAAUUCCUGCAACUUCAAAACUCCUACAUAUAUUUAAAUAUAUUAUAUCUUUAUCUUAUAAUGCACAAACUAAUGUUUGUUUAAAAAAAGAAGGCAGGUGUUGCAGAUGCUCUACACGCUUCGGAUUACAAAGGAAAUCGAUGUUGAGUUGCACAAGGGCAAAAUAUUUAUUUAGUUUUAUCGUUUGCAAUAUUUUGUAUGUAAGAAAUAAAUUGAAAAAUCUUGUUUCAAGUGA